AUGUCGCUGUUGCAAGAAUCGUACCAAAUGUUAAGUGAAUACCAAAGCUCACGUCUUUACAAUAUCGUACUUAUCUUGUCGCAAAUUUUUGGAGGUCUGUCGGUAUUGCUGGUUGCGUUUUGGAUGGGGGGUUAUGAAGGCGGAUAUGCGUGGACCGAUGACCCAGAACGCCAAUUUCACUACCAUCCUACUUUCAUGAUUAUGGGAAUGCUGUUUCUCAGCGGCGAAGCUUUACUGGUAUAUCGCGUUUUUCGUAAUGAACGAAAACGAUUUUCAAAGCUUCUACAUUUGACGUUGCAUUCUAUGGUGCUUGUUUUUCUAAUUAUUGCUCUGAAGGCAGUUUGGGAUUCUCAUGAUUAUCAUCGAACUGAAGGAAAUCUCGAUCCACUUCCAAAUCUUUAUUCCGUACAUUCCUGGGUAGGCAUUAUAACGGUUACUCUAUAUUGUCUUCAGUAUUUGAGCGGUUUCACAACAUUCUUCUUUCCCGGAUUAAGCAUCCCAUUGCGUCAGUUCAUUCUACCAUUCCAUCAAUUAUUUGGUCUCGGUGUAUUUUGUUUGGUUGCUAUUUCCAUUCUUAUGGGUAUAAGUGAACGUGCUGCAUGGAAACACACCUGUUGGACGAAAGACAAAGUAAUGUGCUCUGAACAGGCUAUGAGCAAUUUCCUUGGUUUAUCCACUCUCAUGUUUUGCUUUUUGGUUGUGGUCGUCGUUGUAAAUCCUCGUUGGAGACGCAGACCAUUGCCAGAAGAGGAAUCUCUACAUCAGCUUGCUGAUACUGAUUGA